AGUCGGUACCGUGGUGUUUCUUCCUCGUUCAAUGACAAACCGAUCAUAAUCGAUUUGUUCCAAUUGUAUUAUCGCCGUAGAUUGUUUAGACGAGGAGUUGUUUUAUAUAAGUUGUUUAAUGAACAAAAGACAAAUAGGUUGUGUAAAAUGAGACUAGCAUAUUUUUUUUAGGGAAUAAUUGACACCGACAUUCAAUACACUACUGGACUAAUAAGAUAUACUGAAUACAUACUCCUCGAUUUGGAGUAAAUGAAACAAUAAAUAAUGUUUUUGAUAUUUACACUUGGAACAUUACUUCAAAUAACACACGGCCAGACGGCUGCCGGAAGUGUCCUUCACGCUGCAAGCGCGUGUUAUGGCGACUCCUCGGGCCAGGGCCUCAAUCAGCUAGUCAUCACGUGCACUGAGGGGCUCAUCUACAUAGAGAACAUACGUGUCGCUCUCAAACCCGCCGUCCUAGGCUGCCCGGCGGUCGAGCAUAACCUGACGCCUGCCAACCAGGAGACGUGCUGCACGCUGAACGCCACGGCAGACUGCGUCAACACAUACCGCGGAUACUCGCAUCUAGACUUCUACAGAGACUGCAAUGGGCGUGUCUCUUGCUCCAAGCCCGUGGUGUGGGAAACGUUGACCUGCCCUGACCCCGCCCCAUUCCCCGCCCACACCGUAAGCAACUACAUGGUCCUCGAGUACUACUGCCAGACUGAGGGCGUGUACAACUCGAGCUGCUCUGACGUCACGGACUGCCGCUACGCCCACCCGGAGUGCCACUCCCAUGUGUGUCGGUGCGAGCCUGGGUACACGUACGUGGGAAGCGAGUGCAGGCGAGACGGGGAAGUAGGCGGGGUGUGUCUGAUUGGUGGUAGCGGCCCUAGAUGCCUGGACAGCAAUAGCGAGUGCUCAUUUGGACGUAAUUGCGCUUGUAAAAUAGGAUAUGCAGAGCAAAACAGCACCUGUAUUAUGAGCUCGGAAGCGUUAUACCGAGAUGAAGCAUGCUAUGGGGCACUGGCUGAAAACCACAUUCAUCUCAAUUGUACCACCGGCUACAUAGUCAUAGACAGGCUGAGAGUUGCAGCCAAACCUUUAAUUGCUAACUGCCCCGAGCUCAACGCUAAUAGCACAGAGUGCUGCACGAGUGACGUGUUCAACGACUGCGUGAACGACUACACCGGAGAGACCGUGUACAGUUUCCACAAUUGUAGCGGACUCCAGGCAUGCACGAAGCCUGUCGUGCGCCAGCAACUGCAGUGUGGCAGUAACUCGAGCCUCUACCCGGCCUCCAGCACCUUCAUGAUAGUGGACUAUCACUGCCUGGCUAAAGGCCAAAACUUCGGUAUUUGCAACACGACGGGCGACUGCUCGGAUCCCGCGGCCAGCUGCGACAAAGCCCGGUGUCAUUGUGUGGAGGGAUACACAGCCCUGCACUACUUCGACAACUGCUGGCAAGACGGGUUUCCUAACGGGAAGUGUGAGCUGGAGUCGGAGACAGCCUGCUACCUGAACGGCACUCUCUGUGACCACGGCUCCCGGAAGUGUGUCUGUGGGGACGCCUUCAUCGCACAGAACAAUGGCAUAUGUGAUGCAGAGAACUCUUACAAGACGCGCUGUAACUCGACCACAGACUGUCAGAUGGACAAUAUGGUAUGUGAAGAGGGCCGCUGUGAUUGCAGGCAGCACUUCAUCUACACACGCGGGCAAUGUCUGUCAGACAACGACUAUAACAUGAGCUGCGACGCGAACACGACGUGUAAGGGUGACAACAUUGUUUGCAAGGAAGGACGCUGUGUAUGUACCCCAGGGUACACGUAUAGAGACAGCCAUUGCGCCUCAGACUACAACAAGUCGUGCACGGUGACUGCAGAUUGUCCCGCCUUCCAGAUGAUCUGCACGGACGGACAUUGCCUCUGUGCGCCGGAACACAGCUACAUACAGGCCUUGUGUCGGCCAGAUGGCGGCCUGGGCGGGAGGUGCAACUCCUCGCUGCCUUGUGUGGACGCCAACACGACCUGCAGCACCGACACGCAUACAUGCCAGUGUGAAACCAUGUACUCAGAAUUUGAAAAUAAGUGUUAUAAAGACGGUGAUCAUAACGGCAGGUGUAAGGAGACGGCGAACUGCAACUUCCGCUACGCGAUAUGUGUGGACAAUAGGUGCAUCUGUCAGGCGGAAUACACUGAACUGAAUGGUCAAUGCUUACCAGACGGCUCCAAUGGCGCGCCCUGUCUCAACACCCCCGGUAUAAGGAGGUGUCUUGACGAGAAUGCCCUCUGUACAGACGGCCGAUGCGUGUGCUUGUCCGAAUUCCAAAAUGUACAUGGCGUCUGCAGACAAAACCAGCAUCUCGGUGGCUGGUGUAACUCUACAUUUCCCUGCCUGGAUGCAUACACGAACUGUUCUAAUUCUGGAACAUGUGAAUGUGUGUCGGGAUACAAGGGAGUAAAUGGGUCCUGUACGCAAGUUGGGUCAGUGGGCGGCACGUGUUUUCCCAACAGGACGUGCAGCGACAAGCGCGCGGUGUGCGCAACAGACGACAUCGGUCAGUGCAUGACGGGCGUAUGCCAUGAUGGUGUCUGCCAGUGUUCGGCGGGAACGGCGCUCUCAUUGGCGGGACUUUGUCUGGAACACGGCUCUACUGGCGGCCUGUGCAAUGGUACGAUAGCGUGCAGGGACGAGAACGCCUUGUGCACAGAGGGACGCUGUACAUGCAAGGGCGGCUUUAAGGAUAUCAAUGGAGUCUGCAGACAAGACCAGCAUCUCGGUGGCUGGUGUAACUCUACAUUCCCUUGCCUGGACGCCUUAACGAACUGUUCUUAUACUGGAACGUGUGAAUGUGUGUCGGGAUACCAGGGAGUAAAUGGGUCCUGUGUGCAAGAUGGGUUAGUGGGCGGCGCAUGUUUUUCCAACAUCACGUGUAUCGAUAAGAACGCAGUGUGUAAGGCAGAUGACGUCGGUCUGUGUAUGACGGGCGCGUGCCAGCAUGGGGUGUGUCAGUGCAAGGCGGGAACCUCGCUCUCAUUGGCGGGACUUUGUGUGAAAAACGGCUCCAUUGGCGGCUCAUGUAACGUAACGAUAGCGUGCAGGGACGCAAAUGCCGUCUGCACGAAUGGACGCUGUGUUUGCAAGGGCGGCUUCAAUGUCAUCAAUGGAGUCUGCAUGCAAAACCAGCAUUUCGGUGGUUGGUGCAACUCUACAUUCCCCUGCCUGGACUCCUACACGAACUGUUCUCAUACCGGAACGUGUGAAUGUGUGUCGGGAUACCAGGGAGUGAACGGGUCCUGUGUGCAAGUGGGUGACGUGGGCGGUGUUUGCUCGCAGGAGCGUCAGUGUCGCGAUCAGAACGCGCAGUGCGUGCCGGACGGUCAGUCCCUCUGUGCCGGAACCCCCUGCCUGCCAGGACUUUGUGACUGCUUAGAAAACUGGAGAAUGGGGCCUGGGGGCAGUUGUAGGAAAGAUUGCACCAGUAAUAAGUGCAUGGCGAACGCAGUAUGCGACAACAACACACGCUUAUGUGAAUGUCCUCAGCCUUUCACCGCCGUGUCUGUUGAAUGUAUAGCAGUGGGUGACGUCGGGGGGACCUGUGCCGACGUACCGGACGGGGGGUCGCCGUGUCGUGACCAGCACGCUGUUUGCGUGAACGACACAUGUAUAUGCAAUGAGGAACGAAACUACGUACUCCGCGACAGGCAGUGCAAGAAAAACGACACGUACGUGACUGGCCAGUGUGGCCCCGGCGGCAAGUGCAAGGAAGUGGACGGCAUGUGUCGAGAUGGUUACUGCGUCUGCAAGCCGGGCACCAUAUCUGUUAACGGGGUGUGCUCUAAAGGUUUUGAUAUUCCUGGUACAUGCAAUUUAGACUCCGGGAACUUCUGCAAUUCUUCCAAUACUGACUGCAAAUCCGGGAUCUGUGUUUGCAAGAGUGGCUUUGUGCCGCUGUUCGGGAAAUGUAAAGGCGAAAACACUUCGGUCGUCUCUAAAUGUCCGGGAGACUCCCCCUUCAACACCCUUUCCACAGAGUGCGCAGAGCGAAUGCGUGCCGUCGUAACGAGUUCCGUUUUCACAGUCGUCAGGCGGAACCCGGACUGCCCAGUAGCCAUGGACACGUACGAGCAGGCGCAGUUCGAGCGCUGCUGCAGGGUCCAUGGUGAGGACUGCGUGCUGGGGACCACUGGCUGUAACAACAGCGAAGGAUUUUCCACGUACGACGUCCAGGAAUACGUCUGCGUAGACGAUGAUGCAGUUAUCAGCCCCGGGGACAAUCGGACAAUUACUGGCCAGCCAGUGUUUAUUGUGCCUCCUUACGGUGGUGGCAGUAGUGGUGGUGGAGGAAAUGGCGGAACUGGAAAUGGCCCAGGCGCGGAGAUAUGCGCAAUCAGAGCCUCCUGUCUGACGGAAAUAGCUGUGUACGCUAUGUUCAUCGAGCAAGAAAAGGGCGCAGACAGCGCAUGUGUGCCCACACUGAUGUUCAACGCCGUGUCCGUACGGUGUCCCUUCACCAACCCCGUGUUCACCAGUAGUAAUGGCUUCUCUACCCUGAACUUGACCAAUCCGUUUAAGGGUGGCCAGUACUCUCUCAAAGUCGAAGCGUCUCACCCGCAGGCUGAGGUCAUGGUCGCCUGUGGUAACGCCGCUCCACCCCAGAUUGGACCGCCGAGCACCGCCUGUGGAGCGACCGGGGCUCCUCCCACAGCGUACCCAGUUAAACAAGAAGAUCAAAGUAACUCAACCGCCCUGGCCGUGGCGGUGCCUGUCUGUAUCCUCUUUGUGGCCGCGAUAGCAGCAGCCCUUCUGAUCCGAUUCAGAGACAAGAUACGGAACAGAUUUUGUCCUGUGAAAAAGAUGCCCGAUCUUCACGAUCCUACUCCGGCAAGGACUAAAUUCCCCGGACGGGAGGAAGGUGUCAGCUCCGCCCCUAAAGCCGACUCCGCCCCCAGACCUCCCGCCAGGCUGCCCCCUCUGGGCCCCUCAUCAACCACGCCUUCCAACAAGCGGUUCCGGCGUGGAGCCACGCUCGUCGAGUUUAUCACAAGCCAAGAGAAACACAUGAUGAAAAAGUCUAACAUGAAAGACAAGCUGAUAGUGACGAUGGAUGACACGCCCCAAUCACCAAACGGGGACACAGGCAAGCCUCUUAAGAAGAAGAAGGGUAGAAAAAAGUUAUUAAACACCGCCGCGCAUGUAUUUUCCGCUGCCAAACACAUGCAGUCAAAAGUCAGCAAAACUUCAAUCAUUCAAGAAGGCGCUACUUUCACUCCAAAGGAAGAUUUUUAUACUUACAGUGCGCCUAAUGGUGGACCCAUCAAACAUGUUGGAAUGCGUGAUUAUUUAGAUUUACCCAUGGGCAUUCAAUCAGCCUCUACCAAUGUCCACAGCGACGGCACGAGUGUGCCGCCACCAGCACCGAGAGGACAGCUGCCACCAAUAAGAGCCCCGCCCUUGGAAGGCUUACCGCCCCUGGACUUCAUGGAGGCAGAGGCGCUACCUUCCAGCAUCCGAAUGCCCUCACGGCAGGGCCUCCUCGCAAACGGAACAUCCAGUGCAACAUCAUGGGCACAGGUACUCCCAUCGUCGAUAGGAAACCAAUUUCUAGCGAGAGGACAAGGACAGCACCCAUCUCUGGCAGUUAAACGUUCUGCAGCGCGGCCUACACACAACAGCGAGGCGCUUUCAAAGCUCACUUUAAGUGAGUCCUAUAGACUGCUGAACCUCCCUGGUCAGUCGCCGCUGAACUCGGUGUACUCACGACACUCCGGCGAACAGGAUAUCACCGAUCAAUCGGCCGCACCGAACAGAAAGAUCAUCCGGAGACCAUCGCAACUCGACAUUAAAACAAUGACUGAUGAAUAGACCAACAUCAGGAGAACCUCGCAACACGAAAUCAAAACAUUGACCGCCGAACACACCAACAUCCCAGCUUGGAUACUUAUAUUCAUUGAAAGGACAUUACUGGAUUUUUGUAUGACUUUUCCAAGAAAGGAAAGAAGGCGUUCUGUUUGAAAAAGAGUUUUGUGUCUUGUUAGUUGUAUAUUAAAGUGUAUUCAGUAUUAAUGAAUCAGUUGUCAUAUGUAUAAGGCGGAUAUGAGUUACUUUUUAAUGUACUUAAUUACUUGAACAUCAAUGUUCAAAUAUGGUGCAGAUUCGUAAUUAGCAAAUGUGAUUGAACACUGAAUAUGUGUGUAUUGUGUACUGUGAAUGAAGGUGUAUGUUGAUUAUCGGUGUUAUUUUAUUUAUUACUGGUCAUUUCUGUAUGUCCCGCGUCAUGCAAAAAAGGGUCUUAUGCCAUAUGAGGCUAGCGUACCUCAAGCACAGCAUUGGCAUAAGGGCAGUCUGUGUAGGAGCUAACCUUAUCGCUAAUACGACCAAUUGCGAUUGCGCAGGCUUGGGUGGCAAUACACAGAACGCAUUUGUUGUUAGACCCAUAAUCGCAUGACGUGGUUCAUAUGUUUUUUAUUGUUGAUUAUAAACAGAUUUUUAUUGUUGAUAAUAAAUUUGCUUUUACAACAA